AUGGCAACUCGUCUCCAGUCCUCACUCAGGCUUGUCGCCCGACAGACCGGCGCCACUCUUGCGAGAACCCCUGUCUGGAACAGGCCUGUCGCCUGGGCCACCCGAGCCGCGUUCUCCACCAACGCCCCUCACCUUUUCGCUGCACCUCACGGCAAAGUUCCUUUCACGGCCGACAAGUACCCACACAUGAAACGCGACAGUACCUUCAAAAAGCUUUCCGAGGAGGACGUUGCCUAUUUCAAAUCGAUCCUCGGGCCUUCAAGCAUCACCCAGGACAGUGAGGAUCUGGAGACGUUCAACAUUGACUGGUUGAACAAGUACCGCGGUCAGUCCAAGCUGGUCCUGAAGCCAACUUCUACAGAACAAGUUUCCAAGAUCCUGAAAUAUUGCAACGACCACAAAUUGGCUGUCGUCCCUCAAGGAGGCAACACAGGCCUGGUUGGCGGAGGUGUGGCAGUCUUUGACGAAAUUGUCGUGUCAAUGUCGAACAUGAACACUGUCCGCACCUUUGACAACGUCUCUGGUGCACUUGUUUGUGACGCGGGAUGUAUCUUGGAGGUACUGGACAAGUACCUCGAGGAGCGUGGAUAUCUUAUGCCGCUUGACUUGGGCGCCAAGGGAAGCUGUCACAUCGGAGGAAACGUGUCGACAAAUGCCGGUGGUUUGCGCUUGCUUCGAUAUGGAUCUCUCCACGGAACGGUCCUUGGUCUGGAAGUGGUCCUGCCUGAUGGAACUAUCCUGGAUAACCUUUCGACGCUGCGAAAGGACAAUACUGGAUACGAUCUGAAGCAGCUCUUUAUCGGCGCGGAAGGCACUCUAGGCAUGGUCACCGGUGUCUCGAUCUUGGCACCCAAGCGACCCAAGGCCAUCAACGUGGCCUUGCUGGGCAUGGACACGUUCGAUCAGGUCCAGGCAGCGUUCAAGCGAUCCAAGAACGAACUUUCAGAGAUCCUGUCAGCUUUUGAGUUCUGGGAUCGGGCUGCCAUCAAGUUGGUCAAGGAGCACCUUGUCGCGGGCGCGAACGAUCCUCUCGAGUCGCUGCACAACUUUUACGUCCUGAUCGAGACCAGCGGUAGCAACAAAGACCAUGAUGACGAAAAGCUCAACGCCUACUUGGAAGGGCUGAUGGGCGAUGAGAUUGUCCAGGACGGAGUGGUGGCUCAGGAUACAACGCAGAUUCAAAACUUAUGGGCUAUUCGUGAGGGUAUUCCUGAGGCAUGCUCCAAGGCUGGCGCGGUCUACAAGUACGACAUCUCGAUGCCUGUCCCCGUCCUCUAUCAGGCCGUUGAGGAUAUGAGGGCCCGUCUUGUUCAAAGCGAUGCGUACGGAGACGGCAAGUUGUUUACGUCAGUCAUAGGCUAUGGACAUGUUGGUGACGGCAACUUGCACCUGAACGUUGCGGCUGAAGAGUUUUCCAACGAGGCCACGGCUCUCAUUGAGCCAUUUAUCUUUGAAUGGACCGCUGGACAUUCGGGAUCGAUCUCGGCUGAGCAUGGUCUUGGUAUCUCCAAGAACAACUUUUUGCACUAUUCAAAGUCAGCGUCAAUGAUUGAGCUCAUGAAGCGAUUCAAGGAGAUGCUCGAUCCCAACGGCAUCAUGAACCCCUACAAGUAUCUGCCUGACAAGUAG